AUGCAAUUUUCAAAAGUUUUACUCACUGCUUCAUUAGCUUUAUUAUCUGCUGCUUCUCCAAUUGCUGAAGCUUUACCAUGGGCUAAAGCUAACCCACAAGCUGCUGCUGCUGCUCAAGCUUACGCUGAUGCUUAUGCUGAAGCUGUUGCCAUUGCUCACCCAGAUCCAAAAGCUUACGCUUUAGCUGCUUCUGCCGAUGACUGUGCUGAUGUUCAAUGUCACAUGAACUGUGGUUUAAUGAUUGUUGCUGGUCAAGAUUGUUCUGAAAACUCUGAAGAUAAUUACUCAGGUCCAUAUACUUCAGGUUGUUUAUGUAAUGCUGAAGGUUCCACCAAAUUCCAAAGCUACUAUGAUGCUUGUAUGGAUUGUGGUUGGACUUUAUGGAAAUACUAUAGUGUCUACUUACAACCAGCUUUAGAAGAAUGUCAUAAAGACUUCCCAUCAGUUUCAACUGAACCAACUGGUACUUCAAGAUGUUCAACUACUUUAACUGAUGAAUACACUAAAGAAACUGAUAUCAACUACACAACUUUCACCCAAUAG